GUGUUUAGCAGAAAUAGUCGACUGAUAUUGCGUCUAUUUUCCGUUACAUAAUUCUAUUUGCGGCCUCUAUCCGCUUCUAUUUUGAGGUGAAAUUUAAUCAAAACGCUAUCAAGGUCUUUAGCUAUGGCGGACGGCGCUGCUACCUGGAAAUAGCGGCCGCGAUAGCUCUAUUUGAAACCCUAAUAAUACUCGAAGUCUCUCCCCUAAUUUUAAUGUUUUAAUAAUGCGUUUUCUGUUUUUCUUUUCUCGAUUAGGUUUCUGCCGAAGAUUAGGUGCUGAUAUCUUUUUGGGGGAAAUGAGACCAGUUUUUGUGGGGAAUUUCGAGUUCGAGACUCGGCAGUCAGAGCUGGAGCGUUUAUUUUCAAAGUAUGGGAGGAUUGAGAGGGUUGACAUGAAAUCUGGGUUUGCUUUUGUUUAUUUUGAGGAUGAACGAGAUGCCGAAGAUGCUAUUCGUGGACUUGACAAUGUACCUUUUGGAUACGAUCGUCGACGACUUUCCGUGGAGUGGGCUAAGGGUGAACGUGGUCGGCACCGUGAUGGUUCUAGGUCAACCACAAGUCAAAGGCCCACCAAAACCUUGUUUGUUAUCAACUUUGAUCCGAUUCGCACAAGGGAACGAGAUAUAACAAAGCACUUUGAGCCAUACGGGAAGGUUCUUAAUGUUCGCAUUAGGCGGAACUUUGCGUUUGUGCAAUUUGUCACGCAAGAGGAUGCUAGCAAAGCCCUUGAGGCAACACAGAGAAGCAAGUUACUGGACAGAGUCGUGUCUGUUGAAUAUGCUUUAAGGGAUGAUGAUGAGAGGGAUGGCAGAUACGAGAGUCCUAGAAGAGGUGGUAGUGGUAGACAUGGGGAUAGUCCAUAUCAGAGGCCUCCAAGUCCCGCUUAUCGCCGGCGACCAAGUCCUGAUUAUGUAGGGCUCGUAGUCCUGUUUAUGAUCGCUAUAAUGGUCCGGCUUAUGACAGGCAGAAGAGUCCCGAAUAUGGGAGAUACCGCAGCAGCCGAUCGCCUGCUCGAAGGUCCCGGACAUGAAUAUCAGAUUGAUGGAGAAAGCUUGUUGCUCAAUCUGCCUAUCAUAGUUUGUGCUUCAUCAGUAGAAUGUGUAGUUUUUUUCUUCUCUUUCCCGUUGAACUCUUUUAAGUAUGGAGAUUCUUAGGUGAAAGUACAAAUGAUAUAC